CUGAGCAGCUUUUGUCUGGUGAGCAGGGCUCGGAUCUCGGGUCUGCUCUUCAACUCUUGCAACUCCCGAACGAUCCAGGUGUCUCUGCAGCAGCUUCUGUCACCCUGUAACCCGCAGGUACUGGGAGAUCUGUAGGGAGGACACCGGGACAUCCCGGAGGCUGGGAAAUGGGAGUGGUGACAUUCAAAGACUUGUCUAUAGAAUUCUCUAUGGAUGAGUGGGAUUGCCUGGACCCUGCUCAGCAGAAUUUGUAUCGGGAUGUCAUGUUAGAGACCUACAGACACCUGGUCUUCCUAGGUCUUUCUGUCUCUAAGCCAGACCUCAUCACCUGUCUGGAGCAAAGCAAAGAACCCUGGAAGGUGAAGACACACCAUACAGUGGUCAAGGCCCCAGCUAUAUCUAAUCAUCCUGGCCAAGAUUAUUUGCAAGAUCUGGACACAAAUAUUUUAUUCCCAGAGAUGAUUCUGAGAGGAUAUCAAAGCUGUGGACCUGAGAAUUUAAACUUAACAAAACAUUGGGAAAGUGUGUAUGAGUGUAAGCAGCAGAAAGUAUGUGACAGUGGACUUGACCAAUGUUUAACAGCUACCCAUGGGAAAGUCUUCCAACGUAGUAAAUGCUUGAAAGUCUUCAGACAACUGUCAAAUCUAAAUAGACAUAAGAUGAUGUAUACCAUAGAGAGAACUUUUAAGUGUAAAAAGUAUGGGAAAGCCUCCAACCUAUGCUCACACAUUACUAAAAAUAAGAUAAUUCAUAUUGGAGAAAAACAGUACAAAUGUAAAGAGGGUAGCAAAGUAUUCAAAUUUUGUUCAAGCCUCUCUAAGCAUAGGAGACUUCACACUGGAGUAAAACUCUACAAGUAUAAAAAUUAUGGCAAUUGUCUUAGCCACAGAUCAACAUGUUAUAACCAUAGAAGCACUGAUACUAUAGGAAAACCCUACCUUUAUGAAGAAUGUGCCACACUUGCCAAUCAGUACUCACACCUUUCUGGAUGUAAAAUAAUUGAUUCUAGACAGAAACCCUACAAAUGUCAAGAAUGUGGAAAAAACUUUACUAGUUCUUUAACCCUUUCUAGACAUCAGAAAAUUCAUUCUGGAGACAAACCCUACAAAUGUCAAGAAUGUGGGAAAGUCUUUAACCUUAGUUCAGAUCUUACUAAACAUCAAAAAAUUCAUUCUGGAGAGAAACCUUAUAAAUGUGAACAAUGUGGCAAAACCUUUAACCGGUACUCAAUUCUUACUAGACAUGAAAGAAUUCAUUCUGGAGUGAAGCCCUACAAAUGUCAAGUAUGUGGAAAAGCCUUUAACCAGAGCUCAAACCUUUCUGUGCAUCAAAGAAUUCAUUCUGGAGAGAAACCCUACAAAUGCCAAGAAUGUGACAAAGCCUUUAACCAGUACUCAAAUCUUUCUGUUCAUAAAAGAAUUCAUUCUGGAGAGAAACCCUACAAAUGUCAACAAUGUGGCAAAUUUUUUAACCACUCCUCAACCCUUUCUAGACACCAAAAUAUUCAUUCUGGAGAGAAACCCUACAAAUGUCAGGAAUGUGGAAAAGGCUUUAGUCUUAGUUCCACCCUUACUAAACAUCAAAGAAAACAUUCUGGAGAGAAACCCUACAAGUGUGAAGAGUGUGGCAAAUCCUUUAGACAGUACUCUCACCUUUUUAGACAUAAAAGGAUUCAUUCUGAAGAGAAGUCCUACAAAUGUCAAGAAUGUGGAAAAGCCUUUAACUGGCACUCAAACCUUUCUAUCCAUCAAAGAAUUCAUUCUGGAGAGAAACCCUAAAAAUGUCAAGAAUGUGGAAAAGCCUUUAACCAAUAC